CUGCGCAGUGGGCGGCCUCUCUCUGACUGGUCACCACCGCGGCCGCCAUUUUCCACCGGGCCGGACGGAGCUUCCCUGUAUUUCCUGCACCGGGAGCCUGUACCCCCCCUUCCCCCCGGCCAACAUGGACGACGACGGGCAACCCCGCACCCUGUAUGUAGGCAACCUCUCUAGGGAUGUAACGGAAGUCCUGAUUCUUCAGUUAUUCAGUCAGAUUGGGCCAUGUAAAAGCUGUAAAAUGAUUACAGAUCAAACGGACGGUCGGAGGGUGGCAGCAACUACUGGCUUCUCUGCCAUGCCGAAUAGCAGCAAUGACCCUUAUUGUUUUGUGGAGUUUUAUGAACAUAGAGACGCUGCUGCUGCAUUGGCAGCAAUGAAUGGGCGGAAGAUCUUGGGAAAGGAGGUGAAGGUGAAUUGGGCCACAACGCCCAGCAGUCAGAAGAAAGACACAUCGAAUCACUUCCAUGUAUUUGUUGGAGAUCUGAGUCCAGAAAUUACCACAGAAGACAUAAAAUCGGCUUUUGCUCCAUUUGGUAAAAUCUCAGAUGCCAGAGUAGUGAAAGACAUGGCAACGGGGAAAUCGAAGGGUUACGGAUUUGUUUCUUUCUACAAUAAGUUGGAUGCUGAAAAUGCCAUAGUACAUAUGGGAGGACAGUGGUUAGGUGGCCGACAGAUCAGAACUAACUGGGCAACUCGGAAACCACCCGCACCAAAAAGCGCACAAGAAAGUAAUACAAAGCAGCUGAGAUUCGAAGAUGUUGUGAACCAGUCCAGUACAAAAAAUUGUACAGUAUACUGUGGAGGGAUCGGAUCAGGUUUAACUGAGCAGCUAAUGAGACAGACAUUUGGCGUGUUUGGACAGAUUAUGGAAAUUCGAGUUUUUCCAGAAAAAGGCUACUCUUUUAUCAGAUUUUCCAGCCAUGACAGUGCUGCACAUGCUAUUGUGUCUGUAAAUGGCACCACCAUAGAAGGGCAUGUUGUGAAAUGCUACUGGGGUAAAGAAACCCCAGACAUGGCAAAGGGCUUCCAGCAGGUGGACUAUUCUCAGUGGGGCCAGUGGAGCCAGAUGUAUGGUAGUCCCAGUCCCCAGCAAUAUGGCCAGUAUGUGACCAAUGGAUGGCAGGUGCCAUCUUACAGCAUGUAUGGACAAGCUUGGAAUCAGCAAAACUUCGGAGUUGAACAAUCGCAGUCUGCUACAUGGAUGGGUGGCUUCAAUGCCCAGGCUCCACCACCAGCACAGGGACCGCCAGUCCUACCAAACCCACCCGGGUACAGUAUGGCCAGCUAUCAAACACAGUGAAAAGGACUUUUCUACGAGUGGGUUCACCAGAGGAGACAAACUGGCUGAGGGGGUCCUGACGUGAAGAAAAGGCCAAUAUUCAUAGGCAAAAUAUUUAUUUCAAGCUGAAACUUUUCUGGAAACUUUAGCACCACUCGGCUUUAAAAGGACAUGACUUUCUAGAAUUUGCUUUUUAUGAAUCCUUUCCCCCGGAAUUCAGGACUGGUCUUACAGACCCAGCUUUCUUUCUUUGUAAAAUAAAAGCCAUUUGAUGGAACUGGCUAGAGAAAUGUUUCACUAGAAAUUCAGCGGUUUUUUAUUUUUACCGGCUUUUACUUUCUUUUUAAAGACAUUUUUUUGAUUUUUAACCUGUAGGGUGGGGUUUAGGGUGGUCACUAAAACGGGGGAAUCGGAUGCCCUUUUUACUAUUCAGCCAUUGCUGUUGGUGUUCCAUUCGAUCAUGUUCACUAAGUGCUGCUGGAAGAAAUGCGUUGUGGAAGUUAACGGAUCCCGUAUAUCUGUCAUGCAGUUAUCUGCUUGUGUCCACAGUCAUCUUCCGUUCUGCCACUUGUGUACACACACACAGGUUAAGCCAGUAUCCUGAUGUGGCAGCUUAAGGAUGAAUCCUUUUUAUUUAUUGUCACAUGGUAACCCUUAUCCUUAUACUUUGGGGUCCCUUCCCUUUCCAGUUGUGUUUGGCUGCCCCAGUGCUCUGUCCUCAGAUAUGGAGCAUUGUGCCUGCCUGACCCACCCAUGGUCUAAUGGUUUAAUUGAGCUCCCAAGGAUUUCAUCACCCCUGUAUAUAAGUAUAGCUGCUGUCUACUAGUCUGAUUUCAUUACUCCAAAGGUGAGCAAUGAAUAUAUUCUAAGAAAGAAGCCUUAAUUUCAAUUUUCUAAACGUUUUUAUUUGUCACCUUCUGUUGUUGCAGAAAGUUUUGGUAUGUAAAUACCUUGUUUGAUCUUAUUUUCAGCUGUUUCUAAGAUGUUCGUUCUCCUGCAUUGGUUAAAGAGGAUGGACGUAUUGUCCUGUGUUGGCCUAUAUACAUAAUUUUCUUUUUAAUAAAUCACCUUACAUACCUUGCAAAUGUGCCAUUUAACUGCUAUGUGAUAAAUGGUAUUUGUGGAUUUCA